GCGCCGCGCGCAUGCGCAGAAGCGGGAGCCGUGAGGGGACCGGGAGCGGACCGGGAGGGGACCGGGAGCGGCACCGGGAGCGGGGCUGAGGGACACCCGCGGGCCACGCCGACACCCCGCGGCCUGAGAGCGGCCCCGCAGGCUUUAGGGAGCCCCCCGAGCGCGGCGGCACCAUGAACGCGGCGCAGGGCACGGUGGGCAGCGACCCGGUCAUCCUGGCCACGGCCGGCUACGACCACACGGUGCGGUUCUGGCAGGCGCACAGCGGCAUCUGCACCCGCACGGUGCAGCACCAGGACUCCCAGGUGAACGCGCUGGAGAUCACGCCGGACCGGAGCAUGAUCGCGGCCGCAGGGUACCAGCACAUCCGCAUGUACGACCUCAACUCCAACAACCCCAACCCCGUCAUCAACUACGACGGCGUGAGCAAGAACAUCACCUCGGUGGGGUUCCACGAGGACGGCCGCUGGAUGUACACGGGCGGGGAGGACUGCAUGGCCCGCAUCUGGGACCUCCGGUCCCGGAACCUCCAGUGCCAGCGCAUUUUCCAGGUGAACGCUCCCAUCAACUGUGUCUGCCUGCACCCCAACCAGGCAGAGCUGAUCGUGGGCGACCAGAGCGGGGCCAUCCACAUCUGGGACCUGAAGACUGACCACAACGAGCAGCUCAUCCCCGAGCCCGAGGUGUCGGUGAACUCGGUGCACAUCGACCCCGAUGCCAGUUACAUGGCGGCCGUGAACAGCUCGGGUCACUGCUACGUGUGGAACCUGACGGGCGGCAUCGGCGAGGAGGUGACGCAGCUGAUCCCCAAGACCAAGAUCCCGGCGCACAACCGCUACGCCCUGCAGUGCAAGUUCAGCCCCGACUCCACGCUCUUGGCCACCUGUUCUGCAGAUCAGACGUGCAAGAUCUGGAGGACUUCAAACUUCUCUCUGAUGACAGAGCUGAGCAUUAAGAGCAACAACCCUGGGGAGACAUCCCGGGGCUGGAUGUGGGACUGCGCCUUCUCCGGGGACUCCCAGUACAUCGUCACAGCCUCCUCUGAUAACCUGGCCAGACUGUGGUGUGUGGAGACAGGAGAGAUCAAGAGGGAAUACAGUGGUCACCAGAAAGCCGUGGUGUGCCUGGCCUUCAAUGACAGCGUCUUGGGGUAACGGCCACCUGUGGCAAGGACAGGACCUCUGCUUGUUUCCCCUUGCCUUGCCAGACCCUCUCCAGAGCCUGGGACACGCUCUGUACCCAUCCCCUCCUGCACGGAGAGGGCUGGGGCUCUGACAGGGCAGCUGCAGCUGCCUGGGGUGAGACCAGGCUGCAGCUCCAGGCAGCACAUUGCUGAAACGUGUGUGGCCCUGAGGGAGGGAGUGGGACAGGGAGGCAUGGUCCCACUGCAGGGACACGGGUACAGUUCAGCUGCAUUGGGGCAUUGGCUGCUGACAGCUCUGGAUGUUCCUGUACCCCAGAGUGGGGGAAAAAUAAAAAUCAGCCUUUGCCAGUGAUGGGAGAGGCUGACCAAAGAGGA